UUUUACUUUUCAUUGGCUGUGGUUGUGAUAUAAAUAGAUGUAGGUUCUUUUCCCCCCUCCACUAGCAGGCUGGCAGUUUUGAACAGCAAAAGCUGAAGAAGGAACUAAUGUACUGAAUUAACUGAAAGCUACACAUACUAAGAGUCCAGGACUUCUGACCCUAGCAAAAUACAAUAAAUUAUUUCUCUUACAACACCUUGGACCAUGUUGGAUUUCAGAAAAAUAGGAAAAUCAGCAUCAGCAAACCUGUAAAGGGAAAACGUUCCUGAUUUCAGACAGAAGCUUCCUGAAGAGAGACAGUAAGAAUCCUUCCAGAUUGUGUCAGUUUCAGAGAUGAACGGAACUAACAACGCGUCAGACAACUGUAUGAUGGAUAAGUUCAAGCAGGUUGUUUAUCCCACUGCUUAUUUGACCAUAUUCACAUUUGGUGUUGUUGGAAAUGGCCUUUCCAUAUAUGUUUUCCUACAACCUUAUAACAGAAAGACCUCAGGGAAUAUUUUCAUGCUGAAUUUGGCCAUUUCAGACCUCAUGUUUGUGUCCACUUUGCCUUUCCGGGCCACCUAUUACCUGAUGAAAUCUGACUGGAUAUUUCAAGAUGUAUUUUGCAGAAUUGUGUCCUAUAUCUUGUAUGUCAAUAUGUACUGCAGCAUUUAUUUUCUAACCACCCUGAGUGUUGCUCGCUUCAUGGUCAUUGUCUACCCAUUCAAAUGUUUCCAAGUAAACAGCACAAAGUAUGCCAGGAUCAUAUGUGUGGUAAUAUGGAUUUUUGUGUUGGCAAGUAGCGGCCAACUGCUGUGCACUGGAACCACCGUAACAAAUUCCUCAACUCAGUGCUUGGAUCUCCAACCAAACAACAUAGAGAAGAUCUUUCUGUUAAACAGUAUUGUCCUGGUAGUCGGCUUCUCCCUGCCAUUUUGCACAAUCGUUGUGUGCUAUGUGUUUAUAAUCAAAGCCUUACUUAAGUCCAAGACUCCAAACACCAAGGUAAGAGCCUCUCAUAAGAAGGCAAAGUUAACCAUCAUCCUUACUUUGUUCAUAUUCUUCCUUUGUUUCUUGCCAUAUCACAUACUAAGAACUGUCCAUCUGGUACAGAUAAAAAAUGGUAUUGAAAGCAAGUGUAACUUGCACAAAGGGGUCAUCAUUACCCUGUGCCUGGCUGCAAUGAAUAGCUGCCUAGAUCCUGUACUCUUCUACUUUGUAGGUGAAAAUUUCAAAGCAAGACUCAAAAAUAUAUGUAAGAGGCAGUGAACACAGAAUCAAAUACACCCAUUUCUUACUGGGAAAAUUAUGUAAUAGUUCAGCCACAGAAUUGGGAGUUGAAAGACUGAGACACAUUUCUCAGCUCUGUCAUUAACUUGCCUUGUGCCGUGAGCCCAAAUUCUCAAAGGCAUCAAAUUCCUACUUAUUUCAAUCCAUAUAACUUGUAUAUCAUUUCAACUGGGCUUAGGUAUCUUAAAUAAACUCAAAGGUCUGCAUCUAAAGUUCUGUUUCCAUUUCCUUUUCAUUUACAUUCUUCUGUUAAAUUGGGAUAUUCAAGGUAUUGUACUGCUAUAUUGCCUUCCGACUCUUGUUGAUUUUUUUAAAAUUAAGGUUCAUAUAGGGUUUGAAGACUCUUAAAUAUAAUAGAAAUACAAAGUAUUAUUGAUAUUAGCUGCCUUUGAAAUGUUUUAUCCAAAGAUCUACAUUGAAUCUGGCUCUUAAAUACGUGUCAUACAAACAUUUCUAUAUUUUCCACCAUUACAAACCUCUAAGGUAUGUUGUUUAAUAUUUAAAUGGAUUUUCAAGUUAAACAUUGUCUUAAGAGUCCUACAAACAAACCAUUUCUGAAUGACAGUAUUUAAAUUCAUGUGAGUAUUAAAACUUACUCUCCAUAUUCAUGUGAAUACAUACAUGGUCCUUUGUCAUUCUUCUUUAUAUGAAUCAAUGUUUUUGUGGCCCCUAACAUAUUUUUAUGCUUAGUUUGUCAGCAAUAUUUUUAAACUUGUGUAUUAAAGUUAGAUAAAUUAACCUAGAAUUAGGAAUUCAAGUCAGAAUAUUAAGUGUAUUUAGGGAAAGAUAUGUGCUGAGUGGGAUUUCCAGAAACAUUUAAUUUCCGCUGAUUUCAAUGGACGUAAGGUAUUUUGGAAAAUCUCAGUAGAUGCUUAUCUGCAUUUUAGGUACUUAAAUGCUUCAAAAUGCUGGGUGUCUUUAUGUACUGUGAAUAAGGACACGUAAAGUAGUGUUGCAACACAACAUCUUUACUUCUUGCUGUCAAUUCCUUCAUAAAAAGAAAGGCUUUGUGACAGUUCCGUUUGAUGCUGCUGCUGGUGCUAUAGGUGUUGAGCCAGCUAAGUUAUUUUACCUGUUGUCAUGUAAAGUGGUGGACCGGACCUGAGGCUGUAGGGAAGGAGGAGGUCACACUGGGGCACACUGCUGUGUUGUGCAGAGGCCCCAGAGCCAGGAAGGGCGCACCUUUUAACACACACACAGUGUCACCCACCCCCGUCACGAGUUUUGCCUGUUAGUAGCCAGCGGUGCAGAGCCCCAGAAGCCAGACUCCCCCAAUGAGACACACACACAGCUGGCAGGCUUCGUGGCCUGGCAGGGCCCAGCACCCAGGCCUGCAGUAGAUUUCACCCCCCUGUGCCCCAAGACAGACGCAGUCACACAAGCACCCACCCACAUCACGAGUUUUGCCUUUUAGCAGCCAGAGGUGCAGGGCCCCAGAAGCCAGACUCCCCCUGAGUCUAUCUUCUUGAAACUUGGCAGACUUUGUGGCCUCAGCAGGGGCUACCACCCCUGCAGUUUUCAGCCCACUGCACCUUAACACACACACGGUCAUCUAUGUCACGAGUUUUGCCUGUCAGCAGUUUGAGGUGCAGUUCCCCCCAAACCCCUGCACCUAUCUUCUUGAAACUUGGCAAGCUUUGUGGCCUCACUAGGGGAUACCAUCCCUGCAGUUUUCAGCCUCCUGUGGUGUAACACAUACAUGUGACAUGAGUUUUGCUUUCAGGAAUUUGGGGUACAAUUCCCUCAAAACCCCUGCACCUAUCUUCUUGAAACUUGGCAGACUUCAUGCUCUUAGAAGAGGCUACCAUCCCUGCACGUUUCAUCCAAAUCGGACAAAAAACAUCAAUGUUAUAGCUAUUUCAUUGAUUCCCCAUUAUACCCUAUGGCCAGAUCGCCAAGGUGGCUCUGAAGCUUCGGAGCUGCUUUGGCCAGAUCGAAGCGGGAAACUGAUCUGGAGCUCCAGAUUGGAUCGAUGACAUCCAAAGCAGCCAGAUCCGAAGCUGGAUUGAAUAACUGCCUACUUGUACAGGCCUAGUAAUUAUAUAAACAAGUACUAAAUAACUGUACAGUAACCAGAGUUACUGCGCAGUAGUGCUGAGGAGCAGCUUUUUCAUGACACUUGACUGCGCAGUAGCUUGUGACUACUACACAGUAGCAUCGUGUCAUGCUUCCUGCCAUGCAAUGCUACUACGUAAUAGUCAUGGGCUACUGUGCAGUCAGCAUCUUGUGUAGCAUGAACUGAACUAAUGUAGCUGAUGUUAACAUAGAGUGUAAUAGUAGUGAAAUGUAACCAUGUUAGUCUUGUCCUGUAAGCAACUUGAAAACUCCAUUUUGUAUCCUUCUGCUUGACAUAAGUGAAUGAACUUUGCAUAGCCUUUAUGUAUGAGUGUGUGUAAAAGGGUGAAUGGUGAGACAAUGGCAUAGAGACGGAAGAAGAAGAUUCAACUGUUUAUAUAAGCAACAAGGUGCCAAAUGUAAGUUACCAACCACUAACUACUAACAAACGCCUGAAGAAUCCCUUUGAAGCUCGAAGGCACAAAGGAGAUAACAGAAGAAGAAAUUCUGCCAGAUGGGCAACAAAAACACUCCAAGGCUAAGAUAAACUGAAGACAAAAGAAGUUCAACUGCAAAAACAGAAGCUGGGUAUGGAAAAACCCCAAAGCACUGAAACAAAGGAUGCCAAUCCCUAUAAAAGAACACUUUGAAAAUGCCAAGUUGGGUGAAUUUCUUUCUCUACUGCUGUUUCAUCGGAGCACAGAUGCAUCUGUUCACCCCGCUCCAGCUGUUAUCUUUAAAUCUGCUAUCUUCAAAUCAUCAUCAUCUACUCAAUAAGCCCAGGUUGGCCACCCUGGGCUGAUAUUGAGCAACUAUUGCUGGUAACUAUAUCUGGUGUAUGUGUGGAUGAAAUGGUUGUUUUGUGUAUGUGUAUGCCUGUGUGUAAUGAUGCGUAUGAUGAUUUGUGUGUGUUUGUAUGAACGGUGUGCCUGAACCUCUAUGUCUAACUCAUGUAAUCAAUAAAAGCGGCACUUUGCCUUAUCCCCCUUUGUAAAGUCUCACUCGUGAUUUGAACAAUUGGCAAUUUGUGUAACACUUGUGCAGACAUGGCCAGUGAGCCCCAAACUGAUUUUUAAUUAAAAAUCCAUUUUUGAGGAAAAAUCAUGAAUUUUCUAGAUAUGACUUCUAAUGAAACCAGCCUAUCCCAUGAAAAGCUUGAGAAAAAACUGAAAAGGUAUAAAUCCGUCCAAAAUAUUAUUUCUGUCAGAAUAUUCUAGCAGAAUAUUUUCUGGUGCUGCAUUCUUGGCAUAAAUAAAGCACCAGAGAUGCUAAAGUUAUUACUUUUAAACAAAAAGUAGUGACAGUCAGCUAAUUUCAGCUCGAUUGAAAUGCAAGGAAAACAAAUUAAUAUUUGCAGGAUAGAAAAUAUUGUGUACCAUAUAAUUGGUAGACUUGAAAAUAUUUUUCAAUUGAGGUUUAUUUACAGGUGAGGUUGAGGUUUAUUUACAGUUUAAUAAUCGAUCUGUCUCAGUCAUUUUAUGCCUCCAGAAGCCCUUUUCCCCCAUGAUUCUCCACAUAAUGUAUGUUUGUUUAAAAAACAAAUAUCUCUGUAUUUUAAAUAAAUGUAUAUGUUUUUAUAUUUCCA